CUCUUCUUCAUCUGUCGCUUCUUGUUUUGGGGAUUGCAAUCAACUGCUCCUUCUAUGCCCUCCAAAACACGCUCAGAAUGGAACAUAUUCUAUAUGCACAAGAAAUCGGCGAAGGACUUCCCGUUCUGAUCAUUCAUGGAUGGCAGAUGAAUGGAGGAGUCGAAAAGCAGGACUUUGAGCCGAUUUUCAGCAAAACACGAGGGCUUCGCCGUAUUUACGUCGACCUUCCCGGCAUGGGCACAACUCCCGCAAAUAAUGUCAAGGAUCUAGACGAUAUAUACUCUCGCCUGGUACAAUUCAUCGAUUCUCGACUGGGGGAAUCAAGGUUCUUACUUGUCGGCUCAUCAUGUGGCGGCUACCUUGCACGCGCGAUAGCUCAAAAAUAUAUUGAGCAAGUGGAUGGGUUACUUCUCCGCGUGCCGCUUAUCGAGCCAAAAGAUAGCAUGCGCGAUCUCGAUGCUUUUAAACCCGUUGUUGCGGAUGAGCAUCUCAUGUCGAACAUGUCACCCAAAGACAGGGCACUUCUUGGGAAUGUCCUUGUUCAGACGCCGGCAUACGUCGAAACGUUGAAGGCGAAAUACAAGGGAGUUUACCUUCCAGCGGAAAAAGCAGCAGAUGACAAGGUGUUGGAUCCGAUCCGAGCCGACUCAGACCGAUACCGACUAUCCCUUUCGUUGGAUGACAAAGGGGCCAAGUUCUUUGCACCGACACUUGUUGUAUGUGGCCGACAAGACGAGAGCGUGGGCUAUCGAGACAGCCUCCGCUUGCUGGAGCUUUAUCCACGGUCAACCUAUGUGGUUUUGGAUCGUGGUUCGCAUGGCCUCCCCAUUGAUGACUCUGAAAGGGGUGUUUUUGAGGCUCUUGUUCGUGACUGGAUAUUCCGGGCUGAUGAAUGGCGAGGUCGCACGGACAGAUAGCAGUUAUCCGUGAUACCAACUCUAGUAUAUAGAAUAAAAGCGGGCGGCGGUUACAAAUGACUAGAAAUACUGUUGACGUAUAAUGGUGGGUGUCAAUUAGCCGAGAUCCAACAUCCUAUAAUACUAGGUAGAAAAGAAAUCGCCCACAGUCUAGUGAAUAAGAGUAGUAAAGAGAGAUAAAGUCUUGCUUGGUCUUUUUCGACGCUCGCAAUAGAGGAAAC